AUGUUGACAUUGGACCCCCUCAAGAUCGAAAAUGACACCGAAAAUGACACCGAGCUAAUCGACAUCACCGAUUCCCUAUUUCAAUCCCUCCUCCAAAUCACCAAUAACCAAGUCGUGAAAGCCGACCAAUUCGAACUUUUGGAAGGAACACGCGCUUUAGAAGUGUUGAAUCCAAGACUAGACACUGGUUUGAUUACAUUAGACCCUCAUGAUUAUGAAUUCGAUUGUUCUGCUCCACAAUCGAUCGAGGUGAUUAUAAAUAUUCAAACGAAAUUAUUGAAAUGUGUUGUCCAUUGGUUAAUGAAUGAGAGUUUACCGGUGACGGUAUUGAGUUGUAGAUAUGUUCAAACUAUGUUGGAGAAUUAUUUAACGAAACGGAGUUCAAUAUUUGAUCAAUGUUCAUUUUAUCUGGAUCGAAUGGAGCAGAAAGAAGAAUGGGGGGAUACGAAUGGGGUGGAAUAUAUGUUGGUACAUAAAGUAUUAAAAGUGUUUUGUAUGGGAUUAUGUCGAUUUAUUGGAUUUGUAUUACAGAUUGCUAAAACUUUUUUAUACGAAGAAGAAGAUAUAACUACUAGAAAAAUGAGCUUAAAUUUCUUGGAAGAUGUAAUGCCACAAUUCUUAAUUGAUGAGAUUAAUGAUGUUAUAGAAUGGAUAAUUGCUAAUGAAAUAAAUCAGGCUGAUGUGGUUAUAACUCAAUUAAAAGUGAUUAUAUGUUUAUUAAAAAUUGAAUCAUCAAUUUCAUCAACCCAAGUUCAAUUCUUACAACCUCAACCACAUGACCAAAUUGAUCUUAGUUUAUAUUCCGAAGGUAUUGCACAAAUCACCAAACUCCAAUCAUUCACCUUUGAUGAAUCAAUAAUCCCGGUAGGAACAUUUUCAAAAUUCAUUCAAGUCGAUAUGGAAAAUAAAAACAUCCCCUUAGAACUCCCCAAUAUUGAUUUUUCAAUCGCAUGUAAACAUCUAUCAGGUAUCUUCACCACCAUAAAAACCUUCAUUUCAAAAUCAAAUCAAAUCUCCUCCAUCAAUCAACUUCAAGAUUAUUUAGAUUAUAAUAUAACCUACCCCAUCUCCACCUUCUCCGUAUUCGCUCGUGGAUUAUUUCAAUAUUUCUUUAUAAGAGAUGAUAAAUCGAUUUUUGGCAGUCAAGAAAUCUAUCUCCCAACACUUUGUCUUGACAUGAUUGAAAACCUAGUUGGAGGGAAUACUAUCAUCUUACAUAAUUUCCCAUCCCAAUUAUCCCAACUUAAAGAAAUGACCAGGAUGGAGAUCUUGGAGAGAUAUGAUCAGAUUUGGAAUGAUUUAGAAGCGGGGAUAUUUCAUAAUUUAACUAUUUAUGGAAGUAACCCUUGUCGACAACAACAAUUAUUAUCGAAGGGGUUGUUACUUUGGGAUACUUUACAAGUCUCGUGGGAAUCAUUUGAAGUUGAAAUGUAUCAAAAUUAUAAAAUUGGAGAUGAAUUUGUUGGCACCGGGGCCAAUGGCGGUGGGGAAUUGGCAAUCAGUGUGACUUCAUAUAUUUACUACACCAAGAUCAAAAUGAUGAUUGAAUUAUUACUUAAUGGAUUUCAACUUGAAUUAUAUAAACCAUUUGAAACAUUUUUGAUCUAUUGGUAUGCCGAUUAUUUAUUAGAAAACCUAAAUGAUCAUCUCCAAAACCGUCUUGUCCAAAUCAUAAUCGGGAAAAUCCACCAUUUAGAAACCAUAAUCCCAAAACGUAUCAAGAAAUUAAAAACCGGAACCAAGAAAGAUCAAUUAAAACAAAUCAAUAAACAUAACCAUGAAAUCAUCCUACCAAAACUUACAUCCACCUUAAAUUAUAAUCAAGAUUAUCUUCAUCCAUCAUAUAAAUCCCUCCAACUCCUUCUUAAAUCCACCACAUCUUUCCUUGUGGCAUUAUCAAAACUCCAUCUUAUCGAUUUCACCCAGGGGCCAGUUAAUAAUCUCACGUCGAUGGAAUCACUCUAUUAUCUUCAGUCCACGAAACCGGACCUCCAUAAUAAUCGGAAUAAUUUAUUAAGGACGUUGGAAAUCUUAACCGCGGUGAAAUCGGGCCUUGCCGAAUCGAAGAAAGGUUUCAAGGAUGUGAUUCAAUAUAUCGAAAGAAAUCGAUCCAAACACUUCCUUGAAGAUCUGACAAAUAUUGAAGAAUGGUAUGGUGGAUAUUUGAAAUCGAUUGAAAUGCUUGAAGAAAACGUUGCCGAGGUGAGUAGGUUGAUCUCGAUGUAUAAAAACGAUCUAGGAGCCAUUAAGCGGGAUUAUAAGCUCGUGAUUGAAAGUGGUGUACAUAGAUAUAUCCCCAAAUUCUCAAUCAUCAAGAAAUUGGACUAA